UGGAGUUCCUUGUACCCGAUCUGCGCCCAGGAGAGGAAGAUGCCACCCAAGCGCAUAGCUAAGAGAAGAUCACCCCCAGAAGAUGCCACCCCCAAAAGCAAGAAAGUAAAGGACAUGAGGGCCGCCGCCUCCCACUGCGUUCCCGGCGCCGGCUCCUGCCGAGGUGCCUGCGGCCCGAGCCCUCCUGACCGGAAAACCCGACCAGUCUCUCAUAGAUCCCACAGCACAGAACCAGGCAUGGUGUUGACACUGGGCCAGGGUGACGUGGGCCAGCUAGGGCUGGGUGAGAAUGUGAUGGAGAGGAAGAAGCCAGCCCUGGUGCCCAUUCCAGAGGAUGUUGUUCAGGCUGAGGCUGGAGGCAUGCACACUGUGUGUCUAAGCAAGACUGGCCAGGUCUAUUCCUUUGGCUGCAAUGAUGAGGGUGCCCUGGGAAGGGACACAUCAGUGGAAGGCUCAGAGAUGGUCCCCGGGAAAGUGGACCUGCAGGAGAAGGUGGUACAGGUAUCGGCAGGAGACAGCCACACAGCGGCUCUCACCGAGGAUGGCCGUGUCUUCCUCUGGGGCUCCUUCCGGGACAAUAAUGGAGUGAUUGGGCUCUUGGAGCCCAUGAAGAAGAGCAUGGUGCCUGUGCAAGUGCAGCUAGAUGUGCCCGUGGUAAAGGUGGCCUCAGGGAAUGACCACUUGGUGCUGUUGUCAGCUGAUGGUGACCUCUACACCUUGGGAUGUGGCGAGCAGGGCCAGUUGGGCCGGGUGCCUGAAUUAUUCUCUAACCGUGGUGGCCGGCACGGUCUUGAACGACUCCUUGUCCCCAAGUGUGUGAAGCUGAAAUCCAGGGGUAGCCGGGGCUAUGUGAAGUUUCAGGACGUCUUCUGUGGUGCCUACUUUACUUUUGCUGUCUCCCGGGAGGGCCACAUAUAUGGCUUUGGUCUCUCCAACUACCAUCAGCUUGGAACUCCAGGCACAGAAUCUUGCUUUGUACCCCAGAACCUGACAUCUUUCAAGAAUUCCACCAAGUCCUGGGUGGGCUUCUCUGGUGGCCAGCACCAUACGGUCUGCAUGGAUUCAGAAGGAAAAGCAUACAGCCUGGGCCGGGCUGAGUAUGGGCGGCUGGGCCUCGGGGAGGGUGCUGAGGAGAAGAGCAUACCCACCCUCAUCCCCAGACUGCCUGCUGUCUCCUCAGUGGCUUGUGGGGCCUCUGUGGGGUAUGCUGUGACCAAAGAUGGUCGUGCUUUCGCCUGGGGCAUGGGCACCAACUACCAGCUGGGCACGGGGCAGGAUGAGGAUGUCUGGAGCCCUGUGGAGAUGACAGGCAAACAGUUGGAGAACCGCGUGGUCUUGUCUGUGUCCAGUGGGGGCCAGCACACAGUCUUAUUAGUCAAGGACAAGGAACGGAGUUGAUGAAGCCCCUGAGGGCCUGGCUUCUGGCCCCCUCAGCCUUCCUCAUGGAUCAGGGAAGCAGUGACAGCUACAGGUCCCAGCAGCCCUCCCCUCAACCCUGAGUACUCUGUCACCGCCUGCCUUUUUUCUCAUCAGCAGAACAGAAUCCCUUUGUUCUUU